GUGACAAAACACUUUAAAAAUAAGGCAAAUUGCCAAAAAACACAAAAAAAAAAUCAAGAAAAUAAACUCAAAAACCUACAACCGACAAAGAAAACUAACGAGGCUUAUAAUUAUUGAAUACCUUCCACAUUCUACAGCGGCUGUAUGCCAUAGCGCCUAAGGCAGCAUAAAAUAAAACAUAUUUGCAGAUAUACGCAAUAAAAUACAUACAAACAUAUGUACAUAAAUCAAGCCGACAAAGUGAUAAAAGUGUAAAUAGCAAGAAGCCAAUAAAAAAUAUACAAAAAAACAGAAGUGUAACGGCGCAGAAAGAAACAUUUGAAACACCGAAUAUUCGUAAAGUAUAAUGAUAGACAUUAAUAAGGGCCGCAAUAGUUUUGAAAAAUUUCCAACAUUACAAGAAAAAUGUGAUAACACCGUUAUAUUAGCGCAGCGUCGACAACAUCAGCCGACCAAUACCAGCUUGAAUAACUAUACGAGCGUACACAAGCCAAAAACAGCAACAAGAAGUGCAACAGCAACCGUCUUUACAAGCACAACAAAAACGCGCUCACAUACAACAACAAAUCCAAUAAGUGUCAACGGCAGAGCGGAAACAAAAUUGCACAACGGCGUUGGUAGGCGUGCUGCAUCGGUGGGCAGCACGCGCAACACCAAAAUCAGCAACAACGCCAGAAGCAACAAUAACCAUAACAAUAACAACAACAACAACAGUAAGCCGCACGGCAGCGACGACACGAAUCCGGUGCGCGCCGCCAAUAAGCCAUUCUUUCUCGUACCGCAAUUUCAAGAUCAAAACUUUCUGAAGGAGGAAUGUGAAUUGGCGCAUGCGCAAGUGGCACCGAAGCAACAACAACAACCACAACAACAACAACAACAAGUUGCCACAGCCAAUGGUGACGGUAGUAAAAUUAGUGCAAACAACACCAACAACAAUAAAACAAGAGCUAACCAAGAAGCGAGUGGCAACUACAGGCGCAACAGCGGCGACUCAAGCAAAAGCAAUAACAAUACCAGCAACAGCAACAGCAACAAUCACAGCCAAAAAACCAUCAACAACGCGUACGCCAUCAUUAACAGCAUACACGCGAGCAUUAGUAGUAGGCGAACACCAACAGCAACAGCAACAGCAACAACAGCGCCAUCAACAGUGGCGGCGGUAACAGCGAAUGGUGUGCGACGCAGCGGCGGCGGUAGCGCCAACGCCAGCGUCAAUAUCAAUCAACAUCAUCACCAUCAUCACGUCAGUACAACAGCGUCAGCUGUGGCGACGACGAGUACAAACGGCAGCGCUGCCAACGCCGCCAGCGUCUCGGCGAAGAACGCCACAACCGAUACCACCGUCCACAAAGUCGACAUUGUCUUCAAUAAUCGCGCGCAAACGCAAACCAGUUGUGGUGGGCGUUUCUUGACGUCGUCAAAAAGUGCGAAAUCGAUUCAGACACAUAAUACAUACAACGUGACGCGUCCGCUCAGCGUCAUCACAACAACCACGGGCGCGCCAACAACGAGCACCACUGCAACGUUUAGCGGCGGUGUCAACGCGGCAGCGGCAGCAACAGCGACUAAGUUGAGCAACGGCCAAAGCAAAUUGGUGCGUCCGCUAGUUCAUCGCACCAUACCAUCGACUGCGGUGGCGGCAGCGAAUGCGGCCGUUGCGCGCGACAACGUGAACGCCUACUCCAACAAACUAUUCAACAUCUACGGCAACAAUAGCAAUCGUCUUAGCAAUAAUAAUAACAACAAUAAUAUUAACAAUAACGGUGUGAAUACUGUGUGUAAUAUCAACAAUAGCAGCAGCAGUAGCAACAACAAUAUCACAAGCAAUAACACCAACGGCGGCAGUGGCGCGAACGGUAUGCAACAUACGCUCGAUCACGACGAUAUCAAGUACAUCGAUAGUGAUGACGCGCCUACAACGGCAGCGAUAGCGGCGGCGCAUGCCAGCGCCACAACGGUCAGCACAUCGUCGCGUGGCGGCGCGCAGUUCGAGCGGAAAACGCAGUUGCGCUGUGAGCAGCUCUGUUGUCCGCAUACCAAUUGCGCGACGUCUACAACGACAACGCUGACAGGUGCUGCUGCUGGCGGUGGAGGCAGUGGCGUUGGCAGCGCGUCGCUCAAAACACGCAUGCGUCCCAAAUCGACGAUCAUCUGUUCCACCAGCAAUCUCGUCUUCGAGAAGAUCAACAAUUAUAAGUAUGCCAACGGUAGCGCCGGUGGCGGUAGCAGCGCGGCUAAAUUUGCCGCUGAAGCAGCGGCUGCGCGCCGCAACGAACUGCGGCAUAGCAUUGAUUCGAAUAGCAUAAGAGCGUCCAUUGAGAAGUUCGAUAGCUUCAGCGAGCAGAAGCGUGGCGCGCAGGUGACGCUACGUUCGCACGGCGGCGGCAGCGGUAGUACAAACAAUUUGCAACAUCAUCGCCAUAGUGGCAGUGAAUUUGAUCACGCCACCGGUAGCAACAGUCUCUUGCGGCUGGCGCAAAGCGGUGGCGGCUCUUUGACGCGCGCACCCUACCGCACGGUGUCGCCCGCGCCGGCUACCGCCUGCAAAGUUACUGCCACAAUGCAUGCGCCGACCUUGACGACCGGUUCGACUGGUGCGUCGGCGUCGUGCAUACGCAGCGGCGCAUGCAGUACAAAUAGUUUGCCAACGAAAAGUCUUGGCAGCGUUUUGGCUGCCACAACCAAUACAACUACCGUUACCGCCAUCAAUCGUCAUCAGGACGCAACAGCAUUGCGUGCUACUGAGCGUGCUUCACCCAGCGCGCUGCUGCAUAAAGAUGCGGCGUCAACACCGUCAUCGUCCUCAUCAUCGCCACUGCUAAAGCAAGCCGAAAUGAAAUUGCCGAAUGGCGAUGUAAAGAAGUGCGCGAACGCGGAAACGAACGGCGUUUGUGACGGCGCAGCCGCGGAUGUUGAAACUAUCCGCAGCACAGCACUACGGAGUAUCCCUCCUGCACCGCCAUCGCCGACCGCAUCACGUUACCGGGAUCGUGAUAGCCGUUUAACGUCGUCAUCGGUGCUCUCUUCAUCGCUGUCUAAUAACAUAGACGAUGCAAGCAAAUCGAAGGAUGAGAACGCAGAAGGUCUAUGUGGGCUAAGAAAUAUCGGAAAUACUUGUUUUAUGAACUCGGUCAUUCAGUGCCUGAGUCACACGAGCGAAUUGACAAAAUUCUUGCGUACACACAAUGGCAUACGCUCAACAUCGUCCAAGGAUCAACAAAUCCUACAAGAGUUUGCCAAGUUGAUACGCGAGAUGUGGACAAGCAAUGUACACAGCGUCACGCCGAUGGACCUGAAGCGCGCCUUUUCCUCCAAACAUCGCAUGUAUAGUGACUACAACCAACAGGAUGCACAAGAGUUUCUGCGCUUCUUCCUCGAUUCGCUGCACAGUGCACUAAAUACGGGCGUGAAGGGGGAACACUUGAAAAUCGACGAUAACCUUAGCGACAAUAAAAAAGCCGAUUUAACGUGGGAAUGGUACGCACGACACGAGAACUCACUCAUACGCGACCUCUUCGUCGGCCAAUUGAAGAGCACACUACGUUGUACCACUUGUGGCAAUACGAGCGUCACAUUCGAUCCGUUUUGGGAUUUGAGCGUCUCGUUGCCAUCGUCGUCACGCUGCAAACUAGAAUCUUGUCUCGAUCUAUUCAUACGCGAAGAGGUGUUGGAUGGUGAUGAGAUGCCGACCUGUGCGAAAUGUCGCCAAAGGAGAAGGUGCACGAAAAGCUUCACCAUACAACGAUUUCCCAAAUAUUUGGUUAUACAUUUGAAGCGUUUCUCGGAGACUCGUUGGAGCAAGUUGUCGAACAUUGUCGAAUUUCCGACUGGUGAGCGCGAAUUGAAUAUGGGUCCAUACGGUUCGAACCCUGGCACGAGCAUAUAUUAUUCAUUGUAUGCGAUUUCGAAUCAUAUGGGUUCCACAGCUGGUGGUCAUUAUGUGGCGUUGUGUAAACAUCCGGUCUCGAAAAAAUGGCAUGAAUUCAACGAUAAUGUUGUCAGCGACACGCUCUCCGAAAAUAAUCUAGUUUCAUCCAGUGCCUAUAUACUGUUCUAUGAGCGAGCGUAAGAACUAACUCACGCGUGUAAAGAAAUUAAAUGCAAACAUACUCACAUUAACACGCU